UGUUAAAUUAAUCUGUAUAGUUUACUUUAUACCAGACGCGUGUGUGACAGCCGUAUGUGACUGACACGAGUUAUGUUCUGUUUUCUAGUUAAUUAACGAAGAAACGUGUAUAAGCAAAGAUUCUGCCCGGUAACUAACUGACUGACUAACUAGCUAGAUAAGGCUAGGUAGCCAGCUAUUCUAGGCUAGGGAGCUAGCAUAACCUAGCUAGGUUAGCGUGUUGGCUAACUUGCUAAUUGACACUGGACUUGUUGGACUUACUGGACUUGUUGCUCGUGGCGUAAGUUAUACGUUUCGUGCACGUUCUCAUUCUGUUAAAGACACGUUCUCACAUGGAAGUAAACGUGUGUUGUGAAGUUGGGGAAGUUGAGCUAACUCUAAGCUAACGCUAGCUAGUUGGUGUAAAGGAGUUUACUAAGUGUUGGCUAACUAGCUGACCUAGCUAGCUGACUCAGCUGGCCGCUGAGCUGACAGGAUAGCUACACCUGCCUAUGUCGUCACUUCGCUAGCGGGUGGGUAACGUUGCUUAACCUGGGUUAUAGAAGUUAAAUGGUAACGUUAGGUGUCUUGCUGGCUAACUCGACAUGUUUCGCUUGGGUUUCCCAGACAAAGUGAACGCUUUAACACGGAUAGAUGUAUGAUGGACACGUAACCUUGGUCUCUGAGAAACAGUUGGGUGUAAAGCAUGCUGAUAAAUUCGUGUCAGCAAGGUUAUCUGGUUUAUUUUGAACAGUCUGUCAAUGAACGGUGUGAAACACAUUCAAGACUUUGUUUUAUUGGUGAAACCGUUUUGGGUUUUUUUGCCUCUCUUGGCUCCAGCCUUGCUGGUGUUUCUGGGCUGUAGGUGAGGUAAAGUGGAGGAAGUUGCUGUAGAGCUACAUGCUGAUGAGUGGCUUGAGGCCAUGUCACUAGAAAGGCCACACAACCAGAGGUUUCCCUUAGCUUCCAGAGCUCUGUUGCUGUUGUAUGUAAUAGUUCCCUUGGGUUUGGGACGGUGGCCAGUGGCUGGUAGGAUGAAGAGCAGCCCGGUCCCUCGCAGCAGAGACAUCGAGCGGCAGGCGGGCUACCUGCAGCCAGAGCACUGUGCCCCUCCCCCUCCGCGGCUACGCCCCCCCGGCGAGAUGUGGUUUGUUCGUGACGGCUGUGGAGUGGCCUGUGGUCUCAUCACCUGGCUGCUGGUGUUGUAUGCCGAGUUUGUGGUGGUCUUUGUCAUGCUGCUGCCUGCCCGGAGUGUGGCCUACAGCCUGGUGAACGGCGCGCUCUUCAACACACUGGCCUUCCUCGCACUCGCCUCCCACUUUAGGGCCAUGUGCACCGACCCGGGGGCAGUGCCGAAAGGAAAUGCCACUAAGGAGUUCAUCGAGAGUCUGCAGCUGAAACCGGGCCAGGUGGUUUAUAAGUGCCCAAAGUGCUGUAGCAUCAAACCAGAACGAGCCCACCACUGCAGUGUCUGUAAACGCUGUAUCAGGAAGAUGGACCACCACUGUCCCUGGGUAAACAACUGUGUUGGUGAAAACAACCAGAAAUACUUUGUGCUUUUCACAAUGUACAUUGCUCUGAUAUCCUUCCACGCCCUUUUCAUGGCUGCACUCCAUUUUGUCUUCUGCUUCGAGGAGGACUGGUCAAAGUGCAGCACAUUCUCUCCUCCCUCCACAGUCAUCCUCCUCAUCCUGCUGUGUUUUGAGGGCCUCCUCUUCCUCAUCUUCACCGCGGUCAUGUUCGGCACGCAGGUCCACUCCAUCUGUACUGACGAAACCGGCAUCGAACAGCUGAAGAAGGAAGAGAAGACGUGGGUGAAGAAGUCGAGGUGGAUGAACAUGAAGAUGGUUUUCGGCCACCCCUUCUCCAUCGCCUGGCUCAGUCCCUUUACCACGCCUGACCACGGCAAGGCUGACGCCUACCAGUACGUCGUCUGACGGCGCCAGCCUCCAGGCGCAGACUGAUGACGUGCACAGGAAGUACCUGCUUGCACAUGGAGCACACGCGCUGGGCACAGCAAUCAGGGCUCAGCGCUGCGAUCACUUUCUCUGCAGUUUUUCAGACUCUAUUCAUCAUGGUCUCUCCACCGAAAGGGACACUGCGACCGGCCACUUUUAAAAAAUCAUUAUUUUUCUUUGUUUCUUUUUGCCUGUUCCUGCUGUCGGUGACUGCUAAAUUUUGUUUGCUGGUCCUCUGUAGAUGCCACCGCUGGAAUAUGUUGGCCCUCCAGAGGGUGUGUCUGCUUAAAUAACACCAGGAUACUGACUGCUGCACAUAUGAAGCAAACCACACAUUAAAACUCAGGACUGAAGGCCACCUUAA